AUGCUUACACUAAGUGACAAAGAUGUUGGACAAGGAUUUGUCUCGAUCUCCGAGGACAAUGAAGUAUUUAAUGAUGAGAGUUGGGAAUCUGUCUAUCUAGCUGAUGUGCUAAUUGACACUGGAUAUGAUAAUGCUGACCCUGACACUUUUGUGUCAACAUGGUACUCUCCUGUUUGCCCUAUGGACCCUUGUUUAUUUGACAACGUUGAGGAGAAGUAUUCCAAUAAGACAACGUCAUUGAGGUCUGAAAGGAAGCUCCUGUUUGACCGCACAAAUUUCGGGCUCUUUGAAAUGUUCCAUCAGUUCAUGGACCCACUCCUGUGGGUGAAGCAGCCAACAGGGAAGGUGGGCCUUACAAGGCAGAAACAUGGGAUCGGUUACAAGCUGCAUAAGUUGUUGGCAAGUGAAGAGAAGAGCAUGCAUGAGGACGUGACAAAGAGGGUGUUGGAUAGGGAGAUGUAG